AUGCGACGUCCUCCAUUCCUCAGUGAGGAAGUAGAUCAGAAAUACCGUCACUGUGACGACAUGAUGUGCAACAAGAGCCGAGAAAAGAAACUCCAGCUGCAUCACCAUGAUCGCCAAGACUUGUUUCAUCCUCCUGGUGUUUGUUGCCUCCUGCAACGCACAGGCAACUACAACCACAGUUCCUCCAACGACUACCACCACAGUUCCUCCAACGACUACAACCACAGUUCCUCCCACGACUACAACCACAGUUCCUCCAACGACUACAACCACAGUUCCUCCAACGACUACAACCACAGUUCCUCCCACGACUACAACCACAGUUCCUCCAACGACUACAACCACAGUUCCUCCCACGACUACAACCACAGUUCCUCCAACGACUACAACCACAGUUCCUCCCACGACUACAACCACAGUUCCUCCCACGACUACAACCACAGUUCCUCCAACGACUACAGCCACAGUUGCGAUGACAACAUCUACAGCUGCCGGAACAACAUCUACAGCUGCCGGAACAACAUCUACAGCUGCCGGAACAACAUCUACAGCUGCCGGAGCAACAUCUACAGCUGCCGGAGCAACAGCCACAGCUGCCGGAGCAACAUCUACAGCUGCCGGAGCAACAGCCACAGCUGCCGGAGCAACAUCUACAGUUGCCGGAACAACAUCCGCAGCCUCCUCCAUCUUCCUCAACAAAAUCAGUCUCAUUUCCGUCUUUGUGGCAGUGAUGACACACGCACUGCGCUCAUAUUGCUGAAGGCAUCAUGUGCAGUCCCUAUUAUGCCAAUGAAGUGAUAUGAAAGACUGAUUAAAAUGACUCUUUUAAUAAGCUGAUGUGCUAAUUUAUUUUGCUGAUGCCCUCCUGGAGGUGAUCCAAACAUCUGUGAUUGGAGGACGUGACGACGACACUUUGUGUAGAGUUUGUCCAAGAUGGUUUUAAAUUAAGGUUUUGCAAAGUUAUGAAGUUGUCACUAUCGUCAUCAUUGCUUGUUUUUCUGUAUUUUUCUGCCUUCAUGUUUGCUGUUACUAACUAUACAAAAUAAAGAAAUAAACAUU